AUGCUUCAGACCGGAGCCAUUUGGGGUUUCGCCGGCAUGACGAUGCCUAGCCUUAUGGUCGUUUGGGCUCUCUACAAAAAAUACGUUCCUUACGAACUCCAAGACUACUUGGAGAAGUAUGUUGUCCAGAUCAUCGCUCUGAUCUCGUAUUCUGUUCACAUCAAGUUCCCUGAAUACUCAGGAGAAGGUCUCAAGAAAAGCCAAGCCUACGAUGCCAUACUCAACUUCUUAUCCUCCAAAUCCACGGCUCGUGCUCAGAGACUAAAGGCCAGCGAAUCGAAAAACAGCAAAUCGUUGGUGCUUGGUUUGGAUGAUCACGAGGCCGUUGAAGAUGUGUUCAAUGGUGUGAGGGUGAAAUGGUCUUCCAGUGUCAAAAAGGGUGAGAAUCAGUCUGGUUCGAACGAGAGAAUGUACUUGACUCUAAGUUUUCAUAAUCGGCAUAGAGAGAUGAUCACAAAUACUUAUCUUGAUCAUGUUUUGAGAGAAGGGAAAGAGAUUGGGUUGAGGAAACGAGAGAGGAAGCUUUACACUAAUAACCAGAGUAACGAUUAUUCUUCCUGGUCGAAAGGAAGAUGGAGCAGCGUUCCUUUCGAUCAUCCGGCAACCUUCGAGACUUUGGCAAUGGUUCCGGAGAAGAAAGAAGAGAUCAAGAAGGAUUUGAUUAGGUUUAGUAAAGCGAAAGAUUACUACAGGAAAGUUGGCAAGCCGUGGAAGCGAGGUUAUCUCUUGUUUGGACCGCCCGGGACAGGGAAAUCCACGAUGAUCUCUGCCAUGGCGAAUUUCUUGGACUAUGAUGUGUAUGAUCUUGAACUGACGACUGUGAAAGAUAACUCGGAGUUAAAGAAACUAAUGUUGGAAACAAAAGGGAAGUCUAUAUUUGUGGUUGAAGAUAUUGAUUGUUCGCUUGAUCUUACGGGACAGAGAAAGAAAAAGGAGGAAGACGAUGAAGAUGAAGAGGAUGAAGAAAAGAAGAAGGAAGCUGAGAAGAAGUUAGAGAGAGAAAGAGGUGAGAGAGAGAGUAAGGUUACUUUGUCAGGGUUAUUAAACGCCAUUGAUGGGUUAUGGUCAGCUUGUAGUGGUGAGAAGAUCAUAGUGUUUACUACCAACUUUGUGGAUAAUCUUGAUCCAGCAUUGAUACGUAGAGGAAGAAUGGACAACCAUAUUGAGAUGUCUUAUUGUAGGUUUGAAGCGUUUAAGGUUUUGGCCAAGAACUACUUGGAGAUCGAGUCACAUGAUUUGUAUGGAGAAAUUGAAAGAUUGGUGGAGGAAACCAACAUGUCUACAGCUGAUGUUGCUGAGAACUUGAUGCCGAAAUCUGAUGAAGAAGAUGCAGAUAUUUGCCUUAAGCGUUUGGUUAAGUCUUUGGAGGAAGAGAAGGUGAAGGCGAGGAAGUUGGCUGAGGAAGAACUAAAGAAGAAAGCGGAGAGGGAAAUGAGGAGGAAGAAGAAGAAGGCAGAAGAAGAAGAGAAGAAGAAGAAAGAAGCGAGGAAGCAGAAGAAGGCGGAGAAAGAAGAGAAGGAAGCAGAGGAAAACGGCGACGCUUCUCAUGAAAAUGGUAAUAAUAUUUGA